AUGGAGUGUACAUCAAUGGGGCGAGAGGAGACAUUCAGAUUGGUGCCGCUGCCCCAAGAUUAUGUUCAAGUGUUGGAUGAUUAUGAUGAUUAUGAAAGUGAUCCUGAUUGUUAUCCCCGAGGAAGUGCACGUGUAGUUGAGGUGGGGGGAUGUGUGGGUGUGUUUGUUGACAAGUCAGACAGGAUCGUGUUAUGGAUUUCGAAGGACUAUCAAAAUCAUGUCUGGAUUAAGCAGACUGUUAGCUUGAUGCCCAGAGACGAACGUGAUAUGAGAUAUGAUCGGAAGAUAGCGGAUCAAUUAGGAUAA